CUAUCAUUCAAAGACUUGCCAUGGUAUCAGCGUAAAUGUCGUAUUGGACGUGGUAAAGGAUUUGUUCCAAACAAGCUCUUAAAAUAUAGAUCUGAACAAUUGACAAACUGUGCUGUGCUGUUCAACAACGACCCUUAGAGAGGACGGAUGGUUUGGUGUUUUUAAAACUACAAAUGUUUUUAGUGCUGAGCAUGGACUCUCUUGGGCGAACAUGUCUUAAAUGGAAUGCCAAAUCUGUUCUAAACAAUACAAGUUGUUCGAUUGCUCGCCUGGGAGUCAGCAACGAGGAAAUCUAUAUACCGGCCUCGUGCUCACGCGCAGCUGACAUAGUUUACAGGGCCAUGUGGUGAUCUCAGCUGGGCGGAAUACUAUAGAACGGACAUGAAAUGACUACUGAGAUUCUACGGCCACCGAGGUGGAUGAGGAUCGCUAACCAGCCUUGCAUGGUGUCGGAUUAAUCCCCAAUUACCACGAGCGCUAUGGCACAGUUCGCAAGUGCAUGUGGGCUGCUUUAAAACAUUUGAUUGAAUAGGACCUCCACAGACAGGAUGGAUGGUCUAGCGGGCGUGGUUCUGGCCCUGCUCCUGGGGAUGUGUGUGUGUACUGACAUCGUAUACCGAGUAACGGAGGAACAGUCGGGCGGUAUGUUUAUAGGAAAUGUGGCACUGGAUUCGAAUCUUAAUUUAAACCUGAGCGAAAGUGAUUAUAGAACAUUGCGAUAUAGUGUUCUGGCUAGUACGACAGAUAACGACCACCAGUAUUUUACUAUUAACCAGACAACAGGAAACCUGUACACUUCGUCCCUACUGGAUCGGGAGGUCAUCUGUCCAUACACUGACCAGUGUAAACUGGACAUUGAAAUAACGGCCCAGUCAGCGAUAACUAGCUACUUCAAAAAAUUAACCAUUAUUGUAUACAUUGAUGACGUGAAUGAUCAUUAUCCUGUGUUUCUAAAGACCUCACAAUCUCUAACGAUACCAGAGUCGGUACUUCCGGGAACCUCCUUUACUGUAGAUGGUGCUAAGGAUGCCGAUCGUAGCACCAACUAUGGUAUACAGAGCUAUAUAUUAUAUCCUCAGGAUUUACCAUUUUCUGUAAAUUUUGUUAAAAAUUUGGACGGUACGUCUGUUGUCCGAAUCAUAGUCGAUGGUACGCUUGACAGAGAAUCUCGUGAUCUUUAUGAAUUGACGCUUGUUGCCAAAGAUGGCGGUGUUCCACCAAAAACGGCAGAUCUCUCAGUGGACGUGCACGUGACUGAUGUCAAUGACAACGCCCCCGUGCUAAGCCGGAAGACGUAUAACGAAACCGUCCGAGAAGACAUGCCAGUGGGCAGUACAUUACUGACUUUGUCGGCGACUGACCUCGACUCCGGACGUAAUGGGGAGGUCAGGUACGGAAUCAGCCCUCAUCAGACAGAGACAAUUAAAAAUUUGUUUUUUAUCAAUGCAACAUCUGGUGAAUUAAUUUUAAUAAACCCCUUGACCUAUGUCCGUGGGAACUCAUAUAAGAUCAUCGUAGAGGUCAGUGACCGAGGUCAACAGCCGAUGACCACACAGACCUACGUCAUUGUCACUGUGCUUGAUUCCGGAAAUAACCCACCGGAAAUUAUCCUCGGACUACUGACGAAUGGUGUGGCAAAAAUUUCCGAGUACGCACCGUUCGGAACAACUGUGGCGCACGUGGCAGUAGUAGAUCAGGACUCUGGACAUAAUGGUAUUGUAAUGUGUAGUUUAGAUAGUACAAUAUUCGAGUUACAGGUACUCGACAUAAACGAGUACAGGGUUCUCGUGUCGCAGGCCCUUGACCGUGAACGUCUCGCAAGGCACAGCGUCACGGUUUCGUGUCAAGAUAGCGGUACACCCAUGCUCGUAUCUAACGCCAAUUUCUUUGUGGAGGUUCUUGACGUCAAUGACAAUGCGCCAAUAUUCCACAUGCAGACCUACUCUGCCAGUAUAGACGAAAAUAACAAAAUUGGUAAGGAAAUCUUACAAGUUACUGCUACAGAUUACGACGAAGGUCAAAACGCCGAGGUCAAAUACCGCUUGUUACAUUCGAAUGAUACUGUGAUUCAGGUUGAUGCGCACACAGGUAUUAUUCGUGCCAACGCCGUUUUCGAUCGCGAGCGGAUGUCGUCGUUCAUGUUCAAAGUGCUCGCCAUCGACGGAGGAAGUCCCCCAAAGUCUGGGACAACGACGGUCUCUGUCACUGUUCAGGAUGUUAAUGACGAAAAGCCACAAUUCCUAGAGAAUUUGUUUAUAUUUAAGCGAAAAGAGAAUCGUCAGGCUGGGACGAUAGUUGGAAGGUUGAUGGCUAUGGACGACGACGAGGGAGACAGCGGGAGGGUUGUAUUCUCGCUGGCAGAGGAGUCGCCUAUUUUCAGCACACUUCCAUUUGUUGUGUACUCGGACGGUAUAAUAAAAACAACGUCGGAACUAGAUCGCGAGAGAAAGAAAUUCUACGACUUUAAAGUGAUGGCGUCCGACCUCGGUCGUCCAACUUUAAGUAGCACAGCUAAUGUGAAAAUAUUUAUCGAGGAUGAAAAUGACAACAGUCCUAACAUCAUAUUCCCUAGUUAUACCAACAAUACAAUAGUGAUAUCGGUGGGAACUCCACCCGGAAGUGUUAUUGGCACUGUGCGUGCGCAGGACCCGGAUGAAGGGUUGAACGGAGAAGUGUCUUAUAGUUUCGAUGGUGAUAAUCAAACAUCAUAUUUCAGAAUAUUUUCUGAAACUGGGGAUGUCAUUUUACAGAAAAGUGUUGAAUUAUUCGCCGGAAGUGUAUUUUCUCUAAACAUAAUCGCCACAGAUCAAGGAGACCCCCCACGAAGCUCUCGACAGACGAUGAAAAUUAUCAUCGGAACAACGCUAGGUUCCAACAAAAACAUCAAUAUUAUCAUCGUUGUUUCUUUGGUGGGAGUAACGUUAGUGCUGUCUACAGGAAUAAUUUUAGUAAUCUGUAUUAUAAGAAGAAUUGACACCAAUAAAGAGAGGUCAAGAAAACCCACUUCUGACACCAUCACGUCCAACGGCCUGGCCGGGGUCCCAAAUAACACAUACGGGACCCUCAAUAAACCGGUGGCGGAAGUGAUAUCUGAACUGGAACGGAAGCGGAAGGAAGUUACUUUUGCUUUCAGUCCUGACCAACAAAUACCCUCUGAUGAAACGUAUUAUGAAGACAAGGGUCAUAAAUCAGUUGGGAAGCAAGUUUCCUAUGGGGAGCAUGUAAGCCAAGCCUUCCUUAAGCUACAAGACGAUAACCACAGUGAGACGUCAGGGGAGACAAACACGAGCGACAGUGGGCGGGGCCUCAGCGAUGACGAAGUUCAUGGGUCAAGAGGCGGGUCAUACAGUAAAGGUAGAGUCGUCCCUAAAAGUAAACCGAACAUGGAGGUGAACGUGUACCAGAACCAGAACACAUUCUUCCCGGAUGGACGUGAACCAAUCUCCCCAAUAUCUCUUCCACGGUUCACUGCUUACCCCCCAUACACCUCCAACAACGGACGAUACCAAGGUGACACCGGAAGUAGCUACGCGGUACAUAGACCUCUACAAACUUUCCAUUUUGGGACAAAAUCUUCAUCCAUUGAUGACGAUAGUGGGUCUACUUCCGGUAUCCACACGAUGGACGAGGAUUUUACGGCACACUUAAAAGACAGUGUUAUAUAGCAAAAAGGAAUCAUUUUCUACGUCAUAAACAACAUAUUGUUUCGUGAUUUUAAUGUGAUAACUUGAGUUUCUGUGAUAUUAUUUAAUUUUAUACGUAAACAAUAUAUUCUAAAGCAAUGUAGCCAAUCAGAAGCUGUUUCCAAAUCCAAGGAAUAGAAACUUGUGAACGUUUUCGAAUGACCGGAAAUGGAGCUCGAAUACACAGCGGAAGUGUUCAUACAACGGAUGGGCCCAGCAGUAUGCUCGAAGCGUGUGGCGGACAGAAGCCUCAAGCAGGCGAGACACGUUGUCCGCUGGUAUGCCUCGGCACACGAGACCUCUUCACCGGAUAUGACGUUGUCUGCAUUUUGUCAGUAUGGCUUCCAUUUGGCACGAUUCUGUGGGACGCCCAUCCGAUAAACGAGGGAUUGUUGAUCGCACCAACCACGCCCAGGAUUAAAACAAAUCUCUGUGACAUUGUUCAAACUUAAGCAGAAUGGAGGAUUUUUAUUUGCAGUCUUAGCGCGUGUUUUUGUAGUGUUAACUUGAAAGCAUGUACCUUGUCCAAUUGUGCCAAAUUAGUAUUGUCCGGUAAUAGGGCUUUUCAAAUCACCAUUAUGGUGUCCCUGAGAUACUGAGGACAUCCAUGGUUUCUAGCACAAUCUUACUUGUAUUUUUUACCAAGGGACCACACAAAAUAUUUAUUUCAGCAUCGUAUAUAAACCCUUACCCAUACGAAUACAACACGAAAAGCUACACAAUCAUAUCAUAUUCAUCCUUUCAUAUAUAAACAAAAUCGUCCCAUACAAACAUUUGGCGAUUGGUCAAGUAAUUUUGAAUAAUUUGUUUGCUAAUGUCUCAAUCUCACGUGCUCAAGAGAUAUUUUUGGUACAUUUAUAUACGAUUUCUCUAAAGAUGUACGUGUAUAUCUUGAUAAUAUGGAGUUACCUUACUAAUCUCAACAUGUCGGAUUGGAGGAUGGUGUCGGAUUAAAGAGUUUCGAUGUGUGUGAUGGCAUUCGAAAUAAGGAAGUUUUAUGACCAGCUUGUGUUGAGCUCCGACUGUGAAUAAUGUGAACAUCCCUCAAUCUUACCGUGAAUAUCUAACUUUGUUGAAAUGUCAGUUUAUACAGAUGUAAUUUCAUACAUGUAUAAGGCUAUGUUUCAAGAAAUCAUAUUUACACAGAGUAAAAACUUGAUUUUUAUUUUGGCCAAGAUAUGACAUUUACCCGUCAGGGAAUCAUGGAAAUAUAUUAAAGUUUUGGUAAAAUGAAACCUGUAUAAUAAACCUGACUUUGCCGACACUGUACGGGACCGAGUCAAUGUAUCGGAUAUGACACUGUGUCGGUAAAAUCAGGGUGUCGGAUAAGUCAGUGUGUCCCGAUAUGACAGUGUGUCGGAAAGGUCAGUGUGUCGGAUAUGACAGAGUGUCGGUAAGGUCAGUGUAUCGGAUAUGAUAGUGUGUCGGUAAAGUCAGUGUGUCGGAAAUGACAGCGUGUCGGUAAAGUCACUGUUUGCAUUGUCAGUGGAACAUAUCACCGUUCUUCUGGAUAAAGUUGGAUUAUACAGAAUACCGUUGAUGUCAUUGGUCGGUAAAGUCAGUGGUCGGUAAAGUCAGUUGUCGGUAAAGUCAGGUUUACUGUAUUUUGUAAUACCAUCAGCUUUCAGAGUCUAUUAAGUUCUAAUACUCAUCAACCAGCGGACCUCUUACGGUACCGAAGGCUGGCGUAUAUUUGUACUAUUAAAAACCUAUAUGAAG